AUGCCAAGCAGAAUUGUAUGUUUUGUAUGUGGGAGUUUAGGAGGGGAAUAUCAGCUACGCAGUCGGCCGUACGAAGGAUGUGCCUUUUUCCCCUUCCUGGAGCAUCAUGAGCCACCCAAAGGGAGUCGUCUUCCUGGUGCAGAUGGCACUGUUGACAGCUGCAGAGUCUGUUAUGCCUUCCUCACUCAACAGUGGGAAACUUACGAGCACGCUAAUACUCCGGCAAUUAAACGUUUGUACUGGUUGAAACGACUGGAUGAUGGUCAGUUUACUGGAGCAGAGAUGAAACUCCAAGGAGAGUAUAUGGCUCAAGUGAUGGGCCUGCAGUAUCAGCCUUCAUGUGGGGACAGCUGUGCCCCCGGCUCUCCAGAUUCUAGAGAUGGGAGUGGAACCGGCGCCGAACCUGAUGUGCGCCUGGAUAGAAAGUCCCAGACUCUCGAUGAUGGGGACCAUGUGUUAGAUUUGUCUGUACCUCUCAAGUCUGACCUGGCACAGAUUUCAAACAGAUCUACCCCAGCAGCAGAUAAGUCUCCCCGGGAAGCUACAAGGAUGCGACCACAGCUGGAUGACUUCUCUUUCCUCUGCUAUAUUUGUGGGGAUGAAAAUGAAGGCGUUGCUGCCAAGUGUAUAUCCAGCAUUGCUCACGGUGUCAACAAACCAUUUUUUCCAUUUCUCAACAAACUGACGCCCCAUAAAGGAGCAGCCCAGUUGAAUGGACAGGGAAUCUGCCAGGUGUGUGAUAGGUGUUUCUCUUCCUUGUGCCACCAGUGGCUGACGUAUGAACACCACGGAACACCAAACAGUGCCAGGAUUUACAAGGUGAACGCACAGUUUUUCAGCAAUGAUUCCAGCAUAGCUCUAGGACUGGCACCUGAUGCCCUGAGUGCUUCUGGGGAAGUGUGCUACUUGUGCAGCAGGUCCUGGGCCUCCUCGAAAGUAUGUUCCCUGUUUACAGCACCGGCCAGCACCAGUACAGAUCAUAUGUAUUUCCCUUUCAUCAGAGAGUUGCGGAGGCCACAUGGAGCUCGGCCACUGAACCCAGAUGGCUCUGUCUUAGUUUGUGUUAGCUGCUAUAGUAACUUACAGGAUCAGUGGCAGCGUUACGAGGCAGAGAAGGUUCCAUUCCUGCAGCGUAGGUACUCAUUAUUACCUUCUUCAUCAUCAGCAUCAAGUGUCACAUCACAGAGUUUAAAAUCUUUCGCUGAUCCAGAUAUUAAAUGUGAUCCAGGAGUGUUGAAAGUUGAAGUGGUUACGAAGUCUCUCACUCAGCCUCUAGCCAUUGAAAUCAGCAAGAGUGCAACUUGUGCUAAGACCCAAGCUCCAAGCUUGCCUUCAGGGGCCACAAGUUAUUCAUCUGCUGUUGUUGGAGCUUCAGGCAGCAAUCAGGCCACAGCGCCAGAGUCCAGCAAACAUCACGGCACAGAAAGUAAAUCACAUUCAUCAUCGACAAUUCUCAGCAUUCCUCACCCCCUGCAGCAAGCUGGAGAGAGACCUAAGAAAGUUUGCUUUUUGUGUGGGCAGAAAUGUCUGCUCAGCAAAGCUCAGAUACUCUACUCCUACCCAGUCCGGCAUGAAACCAAGAGUGCCGGAGGACAGUGUCAGACCAUUCCUUUCUUUCCAUUCUUAGCCAGCCAGCCACCAGCUCCUGGUUCUGAACCGAUGGCAGAAGAAGGCACGGUUAUAUCAUGCUCUUAUUGCUUUUAUAGCCUUCUGAAUCAGUGGAGAGAUUUUGAGGAAUCCAAGGGUGUGACAGACAGAAAUCGCUGGCUGCGGAAGUACACGCUCAAUGAAUUUGUGUGUUAUGUGUGCGGCAUGAUGGUUGCCAGGAAGAAGAUGCGCACCUUGGAGGUGCAGAAAUUUCUAUUUCUGAGGGAGCAUAAAGCACCAGCAAAUGCAUUAGUGAUGUGGGGAGGGGAAGGUGUUGGAGUAUGUGGAUCCUGCCAUUACAGUUUGUCCCAUCAGUUCACAGAGUUUGAAAGACUUGGCCUGCCCAUGGAGCUGCGGAAAUACAACUGGACUGUCCAGCACCAUACAGAAGAGAACAGCAAUGAUGCACAUGACAGUAACCAUGGAAUGUCAUCUGCUGCCAUCAAUGAAGACAGCAAUCUAAGUGUGGCCGAUGGAGCAGACGACUCUAAUCACAGUUCAGCACCGAGCACCAAACCAGUGUUCAGCCUGGCCAGCCCAGCUGCACAUGCGGGGAAGCCCAGCCUGAAGUCUGCUCUUGUGCUUCCACAGAGUCGCAUGUCACCCAGCAGCAACGGCUUGACCUCCAGCAGCCAUAAUCUCUCUCUCAGCACUUCACGCUCCGCAGGUUUUGCUGCAGCCUUGCGCAAUCUGGCACAUCAAAUGAAAGAACCUUGUGAUGAUGGUAACGAGAAUAGCCUGACUUCCCCAACCAAUCAAAAUUCUCGGUCAAACACACCAAAGAGAAGCCAAGCUAGUCUGCUGCUGCCGUCUCACACAGCAAACAAUUCGUUUACUGCGCCACCAGUCGUAACUGUGGCGCCAACACAAACAUCCAUGUUUCAGGGAGUGACCAGUUUUUCUUUGGGACAGGAAAGAUCUCACACAUCAACCUUUGAACCCUGGAGCAAACCUGACCCAGAUCUCCCAUCAUUAUCCACAGCUGAUAGUGAAUUGAUUGGCAAAGAUCUGCUUCUCUCCCGCACAUCAGCCAGAGUGCCCGCUCCAAGAUCCAUCAGUGCCAGUGGUGUGCCAGUGACUAGCCAGAUGCUGUACGCUAGAAACUUCCCUGCCUACCACCCCGAAGAGGAGGAGCUCAUACGACAUGGCCUAACGCUGCCUUAUGGUAUAGAUCCUGCUGCCUAUGCUGCUGCUGCUAGUGCCUACCAUCCUGCCCUGCUGCAGCAACAAGCUGCGUUUGCUCAAGGCUCUCUGAGAUUAGGGGACACCUUGCUGUUGGACCAGUACAGGAUGUUGCAGUCACCAUACUUGCAGUUUCCUGCUGCUGCGGGAUUGAUCUCCCCUCAUUCUCUCGGCUUAGGCAUGCAUUCAGUCUUGGCUGCAGCAGCUGCAUCUCAGCACUACCCACCUGGAUUGUUUCCCCAGCACUACCCCUACCUCAGUUUUGGUCAACCAGUGAUGGACCCUCAUACCUCGGCACAAGCUGUUGCCAUGGAAAGAAGUUGGUUAGAUGCUGAAAAGGCCAGAGACAAGAGGGACAGAGAAAAGACUCGGCAUCAGGAGCAUUCAAGUGAGAAAGAGAAUAGUCAUCGUAGGAGUGAUUCUAGAGGAGAACAAGAUUUGAUCAAGAAGGAGGUGAACAUCAACUCUGAAGGUUUUGGACAUGGAAGUUUAGAACGGAAAAGCACACCUUGUGUCUCAGUUUGUCAGUCAUCGCGUUCACCAGAGCUGUUGUCACGCCAGUUCAGUGAGAGCCAUAAUGGGCAUCCUGCCAGUCGGCCGACAUCAUCCUUGUCUGCAUCCAGUGGACACAGGCCAGUUGCCAAGAUGAGCCCGGGAGCAAGCAGCCAGGCCACAGAAGCAUCAACACAUCCAGGUCUCAGCUCGGCCUCCAGUCAUGCUUCUCUCAGAUCUCACAGUUCCACCUUACCAUCUAGAGGCCUGACGUUCAAGCCUUAUGAGAAGCUUUAUGAGUCAAGCCAGCCUUCAUCCCAGCCUGUCCUAGACCAACACCAGCCUCACAGUCAUCACCAGGGCUCUACAUUACCUCCAUGGAUGAGAUCCUCAACAUCAUCUUCAUCUAAAAGUUCUCAUGACAAGAACAAGAACCCAGACUUCACCCCGCUGUUUCGACCUUUUGAUGACCACAAGGACACUGUAGAAUUCCCGUCCACUGCUGCUCAGUCUGUCCACCCCACCCACAGACAGUGGUCAUUUGAUAGUUCAUCGCCCAUGUUGCCCUUCCAGUUUACAGGACCUGACAUCAACAGCACAGCUGUGGAUUCAUCUGGUGGGUUAAAUAAUGCCCACUCACGGACAAGUCCAUUGCUUUCUUUAAAUAAAGACUCAAGUUUUGUGCCUAAAAACUAUGCCAGGAAACAAGCAGAAAAUGGCUUCAAUGACAGGAUCAAAAGAUUUGAUUUCAAAAGCCUUGCCAAUGAGUGCACAGCAUCUGCUUCUGUCCAUCGCCAGCCGAGUGUCAACAGUGAUAUUCUCCCUACAACAGCAGAGUCCAGGCAGUUCCUCAGCAAACUCGACUUUGAGGCGGCGAGGGCUAAAGAAAGGAAGAAGAGAGGUGAGGACACAGAUUCUGAUAGUGAGAAAGACAAGGAGGAGAGAAUGAGAGUCAGGUUAACAAUGGUUGGUCGAGCUACUCCAAUUCCUUUGGACACGUCUCCACCAAAAAUGGAAUUUCUGGAAAAUUUGGGAUUAACUUCAUGGAAAAAGAAAAAAGAACUGAACAGGCAGAAAGAAAUUCGCCGUCGCCGCCAGCUGAGAUUGUCCAGCAUCAGCCCACUCCAACAGGAAGCAGACAGCUCGCUGGGGUUCUGCGGGGACAGCAUGAGGUCCUUGAACCAUCAUUCCACACACAGUGCGUCUUCACAGGAAGCAGCUGUCAGUCCAGAGGAUAAGAACACUGAAGUAGACCUGGGUGACAAGUCUGAGUUUGUGACCAGGCUGGGCUUGAUGUCAGUCACUGAGCAACAGACUGAGGUUCAUGGUGGCAAGAGGAAGCUCAAUGAAGAUGAAAGCCCAUCAGAGAAUCUCCCUCAGAAGAAAGGUAUCCAUGAAACAUCAGAAGCAGCUGCAGCUUGUCUUGGUGAUGACAGCAGAGACCAACUUCAUGAGAACGUUUUAUCGGAUUCCCAGAGACUGACACAACAUCAGGAUACCUCAAGUAAAACAUUGCUAUACCUGGACACACCAAAACUUCAGGACCAGCCCAGACGGCCAGCAUCUGGAAACUGUCAUCAGUCAGUUGCAGCCACAGCUCAUAAUUUAAUUGACCCAGAAGCAUUUUCAUCUCCUGCUGUGUCCUUGACCUCCAGAAAUGUGUCCCUUCUGCCUGAGAAUCCAAACAUUCCGUGGCCAGGGGUCGAAACUGUGAUGGAGUCUUACCAGAGACACAAAGAAGAGCAGCUAGCCGAGUCGCAGAUACUCCGUGAGCGCUGUCACCAACUACAGGCCAGUCACCACAACCUGGCUCAAGUGGCCACCAGGAUCAACAGUCACAUGACUUAUCUGAUGGAGGAGAGGCAGAGGCUACAGGAGGAGAGACUCAGACACCAGGACAACAUCAGCCACCUGAAGGAGACUUUAAACCACUUGAAAUAA